AAGAUAGCCACGUACGUGCAUGUAAGGUAUCUCAGGUCAACCGUGGUGGCCCCAAGGGGGGGGGGGGGCAGAUACCCUGGUACUUACUUGGGUAUAUAGGCCAACCGCCGUUCGUCAAGCGACGACAGUGAACAUUAUCUUGAUCUCUUCCCAGAUACCUAAACCUCCAACAUUCAAGGGUGAAGCCUCUCCAAAGCAGCCAUGUCGUCCUGCACAGUCUGUAAAAAAGGGCCGCCCCAGGUCAACCUCAAAAACUGCGCAAAGUGCGCCACAACACCAUACUGCUCCCGCGACUGCCAAAAAGCCGACUGGAAAUCCCACAAAAAGACGUGCGGCCGGACCGACGCCUCCGCACAGCCCCGAGGUGGUGGUCCCACCGGCGCCGGUGCGGGUAACCCCACAUCCGCCGGCACCGCGCUGUCCCCGCCAAAGGGCCUGGACCAACCCAUCACACGGCCCUUUACGCGCCUCGACAACGGCACCUGGCUCCACGACCGGCCCGAAAAGGACGUCUACCGCCUCCUCAUCGACGCGUACCGCCUGCACGUCGAGGACGAGUACAACAUCGACGGGGACGCGGCCGAGGACAGCAUCUACGGCGGCGCGGAGAAUGGGCUCGAGGGGUUCCGGCGGUUUUUGAAGAACGCGGCGAAGCGGAAGGGGUUGUUGCCGGCGUGGUGGAGUCCCGAGAAGCAGGCGGCGUGCGAGCGCGUGGGCGGGGCGGACGAGGAGGAGGAGGUGGGCAAUGAUGAUGCUUACUAUGACUUGGGGUCCGCUGUGGAAAAGGCUGAUAUCAUUGAACGAUAUGGCGACCCGCGGUUCCCGAUGCAGCUGCGCAUGUUUGCCGAGGCGGUGAAUUUGAGGGGUCCGGGAGGGCAGGAUGGCACGCCGAUGAGAAAGAUGAUGGCUUCGAUGGAGGGCGGGGCGUAUGGGCCUGCGGCGAUGGGGUCGACUAUUGAUGUGACUACGAUGAACAGGUCGGAUUUUAGGCACUAA